GUGCGCUCCGCACGGAAUUCUUCGCUUACUGAACGGUUUUUCCUUGUUGUUCGGCAAGUAAAAUUUGUGUGUCCGAUGGAAUUUUUUUAGCCUCAUGGAUUUUGGAUAAUUGGGAUACCAUAGAAGGUUCCAGGAUGCUGGGAAGAGAUACUUAGAAUUUUGGAUAAACCAGUUUUGAUAUUCCUUUCCUGGGAACAAUAAUUUUGUUUUGAGGAUCCAGGCAAUACUUUCUGAAAGUGGCAGAAUGAAAAUACUGCUCAAUAUCUUCUUCUAGAGUUCCAGUUUGAGACGUUUAGAAGAGAACAAGAAGGAUGUGCAAUUCCACUAUUUUGGAUCUCCAACUCAAGCUUCCCCAGAGUCCUCCUUAUCGUUCGAGAAGUGCCCGAUCGUCGUAGGCAAUGCCAUUCAUAGCGGACGACAACCUGUGGUGUCAAGAUGCAUCAGGGAAGACAGUAGAUCUCUCAUGGCUUGACAAUGGGCCAAACGAUGAUGUGCUGCAAGAACUCAGUCAGAAUGAUCUUCACGGUUUGGUUCCAGAGACGGAAGAAGAAGAGAUUCUACGGCACAUUUCCGACCCCUCCUUCGAACUGGAAAGCAUCUUCGCUGUCAUCUCCAGCGGUGAAACAAACACCAAAACAGAACAGGAAGAAGAAAAUGAUACCGUUAUCCUCUCCGUACAACAAUUCCAACAGCAACUGGAAGAAGAGUUUAGCCAACAACAGCACUCUUUUCAUAUGCCGGACUCCUCGUGUCUCUUUCAGAAUGGCGUCAGUAACAUAGCCGUCUCCAAUCCCUUGUUGCACCAGAGACUCACUUCCUCCGGUAGCCAAGCCUCCAGCCUCUUAAAUUCUAAUUCCGGACCUUCGACUUCCAUCCAACCGUCAUCAUCCACAAUGCCAUCUUCCAGUACAGAACUAACAAAAGAUGGUCGAGUGGACAAUAGCUGCGAUAGCACUCGUGGUGAUCCCCGUGAUCAAGAGAUAGUGGCAGAGGCUCUUCUUCACUCCCCUGAAAAUAUAGACAGAGAAGCCAAGACCUUGCUUCAAAACAUACUCCAGCAAUCACCGCAGAGACUGCCCUAUACGAUUGCUUCCAUGUACGCCGCACAUGCCACAGGCUCUUUACCUCCAAGUCCAGCUGACAGUGGUGUGUCUGACGUCGACAGUAGCAGUAGCCAUCUUAGUAAUGAAGAGACGAAGCCACGUCUUAUAGGCGCUUCCGUUGCUGCCUCCAGGACACCUGAAUCCCCUAGUCCCAAUGGUUUGUCAUACGCCACACCCUAUGGGCCUGUCAACCAGCCUCAGAUGUACAAUAAUCGAUUGCAGCAAAAUCCAAAUUCAAUUCCUGUCUCAGCAUUUCCCGGCCAAACGCAAUCCCAUUAUAGGCAACACCAUCGGACAAAUGUUCAUCAUAAUCAUCAACAACAACAACAGCAGCAGCAGCAGCAACAGCAUCCUCAACAACAAUUGCAACAACAAAAUGGUUAUAUGGAUGCCUCUAGGUCUCAGAAAUCUCACACAACGUACAAUAACCUCUCAUCUGCAUCCAAUCACCAUGCAAAUCAUCACCUAGGUCACACCCUGCAUUCAGGCUCUUUCUCACAGAUACAUGCACACCUUUCUGGUCAACAUUUGCAUCCUCCAGUGUCCCACCUUGGUCAUUCAAUGCAUACAUCUUCAAUGUCGCAGCUGCAAGCACACCUCUCUGGUCAUCCCACCCACCCUCAAGUGUCCAGCACAACUCAUGGUGCUCCAAUUUCGCCUCUACCAUUGGCCCUUACCAGGAAUAACAACAGUACUUGUUCCUCGUCUCCAUCAAAUACUGGUGUUCCAUCAUCAUCAGGUUUACAGUCACCCAUUGGAGGAGGACAUCAACCCGCCAUUCCAACAUCUGUUAUCACUGCAACACACAACAGUCCUUGUGGUUUGGACAUUGAUGCAACUUCUUACGUUGAAGACUUAUCUUAUCAAGCAAGGAUAAAGAAAAAGGUUCGAAAACCAAAGAACCCUGAUGGAUCACCAGCAGUGAAAAGAAAAAGCAGAGAAGGAUCUACUACAUACCUUUGGGAAUUUUUACUGAAGUUGCUGCAAGAUAAAGAAUACUGCCCUCGGUAUAUAAAGUGGACUCAUAGAGAGAAGGGAAUAUUUAAAUUAGUUGAUUCAAAGGCUGUAUCGAGGCUGUGGGGUCUUCAUAAAAACAAACCUGACAUGAAUUAUGAAACUAUGGGCAGGGCUCUAAGGUACUACUACCAGCGAGGUAUCUUAGCUAAAGUGGACGGACAGCGCCUUGUAUACCAGUUUGUGGAUGUACCUAAAGAUAUUGUCGAAAUAGAUUGUACAGGAGCAUGAUCCUUAACUAAACAUAGUGCAGAUAUUUUUCCCUGUGACUUCAUUAACUGCUCUGAACUGUUUAUAUUCCAGAUAUGUGUAAAAAAAUAUUAAAAGGAAAUCAAUUCAUGGCAUUAAUUCCAUGAAAACGUUUUUCCUUUGUUUACCAACUUUUCUUGGACACAUUUGAACUGUGGACUAUUUUUAUAUCAGGGAAACUUUUGUGUAACUCAUUCCUGCUUAUGGAAGUUAACGUUAUUUAUUUGCCCAUGAUUUUAACAUGAAUUUAUUAUGACUUUUGUUUUCAGGAAAUGUUUGAAAAUAAUGUUUAUAAGUAAUAAUUUUACCAUUGCUAGUUUAUAUUGUAAAGAACUUCAAAAAUAUAUUGUGGUGACUGGUAUUAAAAGUGCACACCAAAAUGUUUGGACGUCCAUUUGUUACUUGUUAAAUAUAUAAAAUAUAAGCAUAGUCUAUGUCUUCGACAUGUAUGAACUAUUUAUCUCAUCCUCAUUGUUAAUUUUUUUUCAUAUCGUAUGACUGAAUAAAUGCAUGCAUUUCUUAGAAUUACUAUAAUAAUACAAGUCACUUUAUAUUUAAUUUACUUCUCUUGAGCAUUUUGGUACACUUUCCUGAUUAAUUGAUGUAAAAAGAAAUCUGAUGAGUUAUGCAAUUCUGUUGAUAAAGAAACACAUAUAAAUAUUUAUAACAUCAAUUUUAAGGUUUGUUUUUAUUUG